AUGUCAUCAACAACACAAACCAAGAAAGCCGUCCACUUCGGCGCCGGAAACAUCGGCCGUGGAUUCGUUGCCUGCUUCCUUCACAACUCCGGCUACGAGGUCAUCUUUGCCGAUGUCGCCGACGCUCUUAUCGACAAGCUCAACGAGACUCCCUCUUACCGUGUCAUUGAGGUUGGCGCCGAGGGCACCAACGAGAACGUCAUCACAAACUACCGCGCAAUCAACUCAAAAACGCACGAGGCUGAUCUCGUUGAGGAGAUUGCUACUGCCGAUGUUGUCACCUGCUCUGUCGGCCCGAACAUCCUGAAGUUCAUUGCCCCUGUCAUCGCUAAGGGUAUUGACAAGCGACCCAGCGACUUGGCUCCCAUCGCUGUCAUCGCCUGCGAGAACGCUAUUGGAGCUACCGACACCCUCGCCGAGCACAUCAAGGACCCCAGAAACACUGCCCCCCACCGCCUGGAAAACUACAAUGAGCGUGCCCGCUUCGCCAACUCAGCUAUCGAUCGUAUUGUUCCCGCCCAGGACCCCAACGCUGGUCUGGACGUUACGCUUGAGAAGUUCUACGAGUGGGUUGUCGACCGCACUCCCUUUGACCAAAUCCCCAGCAUUGAGGGCAUCAACUGGGUCGAUGAGCUUGCUCCCUUCAUCGAGCGCAAGUUGUACACCGUCAACACUGGUCACGCCACUGCAGCUUACCACGGAUACAACCGCAGCAAGCGUACGGUGUACGACGCUCUCCAGGACAAGGCCAUCAUGGCUGAAGUCCGCAAGGCUCUCGAGGAGACUAGCAACUUGAUCAUCAGCAAGCACGGUAUUGAUGAGAAGGCUCAACGCGAGUAUGCCGCCAAGAUCAUUCGCCGCAUCGGCAACCCUCACCUCGAGGAUGCCGUCGAGCGUGUCGGCCGUGCUCCCCUCCGCAAGCUCAGCCGCAAGGAGCGUUUUGUCGGCCCCGCUGCCGAGCUUGCCGAGAAGGGACAGGACUGCUCCGCCCUGCUCCGUGCCGCCGAGAUGGCCUUCCGCUUCCAAGAAGUUGAGGGUGAUGACGAGAGCAAGGAGCUUGCCCAGAUUAUGUCUGAGAACGGCCCUGAGGAUGUUGUCACCAAGAUCUGCGGCAUUCAGUCCACGGAGAAGAUCCACCCCAUGUUAGUUGAAGUGGUCCGCAGAGUUCAGGCCGACAGCGAGGAAUGA